CUGAUAACCCGACACGAACAACUUCCUCAAGGACCAAAAUUGUGUCGCAAUGAAGUUAGAUACGGGCGCGCUUCGUUAUCUUACGAGUGAUGACUGGAGGGUGUUGACUGCUGUUGAGCAAGGUAGCAAGAACCAUGAAGUUGUUCCGACACCUUUGAUCACGCAGAUUGCUGGACUUCGAGGUGGUAGUCCUGUGAAUAGAUGUAUCUCCAAUCUGGCCAAAGUCGGGCUGAUCGGCAAAGUCAAAAAUGCUAGAUCCGGGCUGACCCUUCUAGAUGAUGGAUAUCGCUUGACAUACGGAGGCCUCGAUUAUCUGGCAUUGAAUGCUCAUCGUAGAAGUGAUGUUGUCUUCAGCUUGGGCAAUCAAAUUGGUGUUGGAAAAGAGUCCGAUAUCUACAUCACGGCUUCUCCAAAUGGCAGACAACAGGUGCUCAAGCUCCAUCGACUUGGUCGGAUAUCAUUCCGGACAGUGAAGGCCAAUCGCGACUAUCUUCGCAAACGAAGCACUGGCUCUUGGAUGUACCUAUCUCGUUUGGCAGCACAAAAGGAGCAUGCAUUCAUGCAAGUUCUGUACCGCGAAGGAUUCCCUGUGCCAGAACCACUUGCUUGGAGUCGCCACACAAUUGUCAUGGAAUUCAUCGACUCAUUCCCUCUACGAAUGAUCGAAUCUGUGCCGGACCCUGGUAAAUUGUACGCGGAGCUUCUGGACAUGAUAGUCCAGUUGGCACAAAGGGGUCUUAUUCACGGGGAUUUUAAUGAAUUCAACAUUCUGAUCAAAGAAGAGACGAAAAAUGAUAGAACUAUUCUGAGGCCGAUCUUAAUUGACUUUCCGCAGACCGUCAGCACCAACCAUUCGAAUGCUCAAUUCUAUUUCGAUCGAGAUGUGGCUUGUGUCAAGCGGUAUUUUGAGAGAAAGUUCAAAUACACCUCCGACGAACCAGGACCGCACUUUGCGGAGAGCAUAAGAGAUGCAGAUCCUGCGAAGAGGCUCGAUAUUGAAGUGGAAGCGAGUGGCUUCUCAAGAAAGAUGGGCAAAGAGCUGGAUCGCUUCAUCGAAUCAACUGGAGGAAUUCAGAAUGAGGCAGAGCCCAACGUCCCUGUAGAUGACGACGAAGCAGAAGAAGAUGAACUCGACGAAGAUGAAGAUGAAAAUGAAGAAGAAGAAGAUGACGAUGAGCUUGGGCAUCAAGAACUUAGCGAUAUACCCAGCACCAGCGACAAGAUCGAAGAAAAGGCCGAUGCUGCAAAACAAGCUGAAGCUGGAGCGACUGUACUUCAGAACGACCAUUCUGAAUCACAAGAAGACGUCCAAUCGGGGCUUGUAGAGCCGCUCGAGAAGCUAUCAACGCAAGAUAAUACAAGCAACCCCCAUCAUCCGGCAGCUUUUGGUUUGCAGCCCUUUGAUCUUCCACAAGACCCGGAUGCAGUAUCUCAGAAGAGUGUUGGUCUAUUCGAAUCAUCAAGUUCGGGAUCAUUGGGGAUUCUGCUUUUUGCAUCUUUAGCAUUUGUAGCUUUGCUAUACCCUCCAAAUUCCCAACAGUCGCGCGUGUUUGCUACCUGCCAGACAGAGGAUACGCCACAGUCAUCACACGGGCUUUAUCCAAUCAUUAAUGGAGACUCGACGCAAUUAGUCUCAGUGGCUGCGAGUGGGCUUCGCGACGAUUCGUUAUUUCAAAUUAGCAAGUCAUGGAAUCGCAGAUAUCAUAGUCGUGAGAACUUGCUUCACUAUCGUGGACACAAGCAAGCCAGCGUACUGGAAUCGUCAUGCAAUCUAACCGAAGUUAAGACAAUUGUCUACAGGGACCGUAAAACCGACAACAUGAAUUCUGCGGACAAUGUGCAUCAAUUGCUGCGAACAAUCUUCGUUGGGCACGGGCGCAACUAUGUCGAUGACGAGUCCCUGUGA